AUGAAAAUAAGCUGCUUUUUAUCUUUUUUUUUGUUUUUCGUAAUAUACAAAAACACUACUAAUGUAGUGUACUGUGGUGGUUAUGGUGAUUUGGCCGCAACAAGCGCCUUGACAACUAUCGUUAAAGACCCAAUUAGCUUAACCAUAAAAGAUCUGUAUGAACACGGAGUUAAGGACCCAGUAACAAAACUUAUUCAUAAACUUAAAAAAGUAGUGCGUUAUAGAAAAGUUUUAAGGUGGUCACGUGUAUGGUGGAUAUUACUAGUCAGAGAAAUUGUAGGAGACAAUGCUAUUGAAAGGAAGACUGAAAAAGCAUUAAGAGAAAUAUGGGACCAAUGUACAAUAGCAGUUUACAACAACACUCUGUAUUCCAUUGAAUCAAAGCCUUUAUUAUUUUUGCACGGAAUAUUGAAUGAAUGUAAAAAUAACUUCUCGACAAAAUUAAGACAAGAUCCAGGUUUAAUUGUAGCAAAAAUAGAUCAAAUAUUAAAAUCACAAAUAUACAGAUUCUGGGUGUCAGAGCCAUAUUUGAAAAUAGGAAGAUCAAACACAUUUUACACACGUAUAACACCAGAGAUGGUUCCACCCUUACCUAAAGAAUGCACUUUGAAACAUUUAUCAUCUUAUAUGGAGGAGAAAUUAAAAACUAUGGAGUCAAAGAAGAAUAUUGAAUCGGGUAAAUAUGAAUUUGAUGUAGCAUCCUCAAAUAAAUCAACGAAUGAUACAGAAGUUACUGGAGAAGAUGACCAGAAUGAUGAUGAUGAAGAUGAUACUUUUGAUGAAGAAACAUUUAAAGAUGAUAUAUUUAAUUCUAAGAAAACUGAUGAAAAAAAACCAAAAGAUAAGAUAUGA